CAAAAACAACAACACUCAUUGACGUUCGUUAAAAAAGUGAAAGUACUGAAAUAGUGAUUCUAGAGAGUGUGAAUAGUAAUAAGAAUGUUGAAUUUUAGAUUCCGAGUUGUUUAUUGAAAUAUUUAAUAAUUUUAUGGGCAGAUAAUAGUCGUUAUAUAAAAGAGACUCAUUACUACAUUCAGGAAGCUGGUAUUGUUAUCUCUAUGGCAUGAACCUAAUUGAAUAAUGAUUUUGUAUGGAGAACUAUAACACCAAGACAGAUUUGAUCAAUAAGAACUAGGAGAAUGAUAAUGAUAUGAAUGUGAACUUGAAAAAGAACGAAAAUGAUCGACGUACUCAAACAUGUCAACUAUAUUGGAUGUUACAGGAUAUUAAUAUUGUUUUUAGCAUUAUGGCUCAUCAUUUUGGUGAUGUCAGCCUUUCCAAUGUUGAGUACAAGUGUGAGCUCUUCAGAUACAAGGGUAGCUGAGAGAUUGACUAGAGCUCUUGCUGACUUAGAAGCUCUCAGAAGGCAGAAUGAAGAGCUGCAUGAGAUAUUCAAGGAUAUAAGUAUAAAUAAUUUGAAUGAAGAACAAAAAGAAGCAAUAGAAAACUUCCAAUCACGAUUGACGAAGGCCGAGCACUCAUAUGACAAGCACAAUAAUUUGGGUUAUAUCAGUCCGAAGGAGGAACCAAAUAGUCAAUAUGAAAUGCUCAGGAGAAGGAUACUGUCUAACACGAAGGAGAUGUGGUAUUUUAUCCAUUCGGGACUUUUGGACGUCCAAAAGAAGGCCAAUGAAGUGGCGCCAGAAAUUGUGGAUACAGUGAAUGGCUUGUUGAGUUUAGGGUUGGAACAUAAAAGAUCCUUAAUUUCUGACAUAGAACAAUUAGCAGAAGUAGAUGGUUAUGCCACUUGGAGAGAGAAAGAGUCUAAUGACUUGAGUAAUCUUGUUCAAGAUAGAUUAAAAUUUUUACAGAAUCCAGAAAAUUGCAAUACAGCAAGAAAAUUAGUCUGCAGUUUGAAUAAGGGUUGUGGUUAUGGCUGCCAGCUACAUCACGCUGUUUACUGUUUCAUGGUAGCCUACGGUACAAAGCGAACGCUCAUAUUGAAAUCGAAGGGCUGGAGGUACCACAAGCGGGGCUGGGAGGAGGUGUUCCUGCCCAUUAGCAACUCUUGCACCAGCCCCAAUGGGGACAGCGUUGCCAGUUGGCCCGGCAAUCAGGAGACCCAGGUGGUCAACCUGCCCAUCAUAGAUUCGUUGUCGCCGCGACCCCCCUACCUGCCCCUGGCCAUUCCCGAGGAUCUCGCCCCCAGGCUGACCAGACUCCACGGCGACCCCAUCGUGUGGUGGGUGGGGCAGAUCCUCAAGUACCUUCUGAGGCCGCAGGAGAAGACCGCUGACUUGAUCAGGCAGGCGAUGACGCAGAUGGGGUUCAAGAGGCCCAUCGUCGGAGUCCACGUGCGGCGUACUGACAAAGUGGGCACCGAGGCCGCCUUUCACGGCGUCGACGAGUACAUGUCACAUGUCAACGACUACUACGACCUGCUCGAGACCCAACGGAAGGUCGACAAGAGACGAAUCUACCUCGCCUCUGACGAUCCGAAGGUUCAUGCCGAGGUGCGGAGCAAGUACUCCGGCUACGAGAUCAUCGGCGAUCCGUCGAUAGCGAAGACGGCUGCAGUCUCGACCCGCUACUCGGACUCAUCGCUCUUCGGAAUCAUCUACGACAUACACAUGCUGUCGAUGAGCGACUAUCUGGUGUGCACCUUCUCCUCCCAGGUGUGUCGAGUGGCCUACGAGAUAAUGCAAAACUACUACCCGGACGCGUCCUCCCGCUUCCGCUCCCUGGACGACAUCUACUACUACGGCGGCCAGAACCCGCACAACGUCGUUGCGGUGUUGCCGCACGAGCCGAAAAGGCCCGGCGAGAUGUCGCUGUCCGUCGGCGACACUGUCGGCGUGGCCGGCAACCACUGGAACGGCUUCAGCAAAGGUAAGAACCUGCGGACGAACCAGAACGGGUUCUAUCCGGGGUUCAAGGUCAAGGACAAGGUCGAGACGGCGAAGUUUCCCACUUACUCGGAGGUGCGCAACACGUAGGUAGAGGAUGGUGAACUGUGUCCGUGCAGGCUGUCCCAUUUUCGAUGUGCUAUACAGUGUUCUAAUCUUUGAUAGGGUAGAAGUCCAUAGUUUCCCAAAGUGGAGUGAAGUAAACUUGGCGUCAAUUGAAACGUUAAUAGUGAAAUUUGGCAUCGAGUUUGACUUCUCGUAAUUUCUAAAAUAUUGAACGAAUUUUGAAUUGCCGCCCAGAUUCUGAAUGCCUUUUUCAUCGUCUUUCGAAACAUUCCUCA